CCACCACGCUGUAUAAAUAAUGUAAUAGAACGCUCGGGUAGGUUCAGUUGGCGCUCAGGUGGAUCGAGUGGCUGCGCGCAGAAGCUCUCGGCGGUUGACGGCUCGCGGACUCCAGUGGCGGAUCGUCAAGUUACAUGUUGAGGUUUAACACAUGGUCUAUCAAUUAUCACAUUUUGUGGGGUUGUUUGUGGCGUUGAUUGCUGAAAAAGUGAGAAGAUUUGACAAAAAGUGAUUUAUUAUUAAGAGAAACGGUUAUAAAAAGUGGUCAAAAUGUGCAUCUACUGAAAGAUUUGUUCAAAAAUCAAAAGUGAUCAAUCAAUAAAAAAGAGGAGAAUCAAAGUUCGUUAAAAUCCGAGGAAGUGGCAGAUGUGGCAGAAUGUUCUACCACUGCAAGCGAACCCUGCUGUCAGCUGUCGCGGUCGUGUGUCUCCACUUGACAGGAUCCAGCGCCUUCGACGUGUACUGGAACAUCCCGACGUUCAUGUGCACCCGGUACAAGCUGGACUUUGCCAGCCUGGGGGCCACCUACGGCCUGUACCAGAACACCAACGACACAUUCCGGGGCGAAACCAUCGCCAUACUGUACGAUCCGGGCAACUUUCCAGCGCUGUUCGAGCAGAGUUCCACCAAAAAGUUGUACCGCCGAAACGGGGGAGUGCCCCAGGCUGGGAAUCUCUCGGACCACUUGGAGGUGUUCCGGCGGCACAUGGACGAGCUGGUCGUGGACCGGAACUUUGCAGGAGUUGGCAUAAUCGACUUUGAAUCGUGGCGGCCAAUUUACCGGCAGAACUUUGGCUCACUCCAGCCGUACAAGGAGCUGUCGAUGAAGCUGGAAAAGGAGCGACACCCGCGGUACAGUGAUAAGCAGCUGGAGGCCGAGGCCACCAAGCGGUUCGAAGCAACAGGCCGGGACUUUAUCGCCCGCACGCUGGCCCUGGCCCGGCAGCUGCGGCCCCGGGCGGCCUGGGGCUAUUACGCCUUCCCGUACUGCUUCAACAUGAACGGCCAAAAGCAGGAGGACUGCUCGCCGGAGGUGCAACGGGAAAAUGACCGCAUCCAGUGGAUGUUUGACGGGUCGGACAUUAUCUACCCGUCGGUCUAUCUGCGGGAGAAGCUCAGCCCGGGCGAGCGGGUCAAGCUGAUCCGGGGCCGCGUCCGGGAAGCGGUCCGGGUGGCCAAACGGGCCAAAACCGGCCAAGACAGGCCCCGGGUGCUCACGUACAUCCGGUACGUCUACACCGACAGCAUCAAGUACUUGACGGAGGCCGACUGGAUAAAUGCCUUCAACGCGAUGAAACAGCUCGGCUCCGACGGAGUCAUCCUCUGGGGAAGCUCCUAUGAUCUCGACACGGAGGAAGAAUGCAAAGACUUCAAAUCUUACAUGGACAAUACGCUGGGACCGAUCCUGCUAUCGCUGCAAACGAGAUACUUUGUAGAGGUUCUUAAGGAUGAUGCGACGAAUUGAAAGAUUCAUUCACCCAGCCCAUCCAAAAUGACAGUAUUCCACAAGUGUGCAUCAUUGUUUUCUGAUUAUGAUGAUGCAAUUGCCGCAAAACACACAGACCAAACACCAAAUUUUUAGUUUUAAUUGUCAUCCUAAGA